AAAAAAAAAAGACCAAACAAUUGUUUUCAAGACGAUAAGGUAAAAAAGCUCUGCCACGCUCUUUAUCGACGGCCAAUUCCGCCGGAGAAUACAUUAUGAAGACCACCGUAGCCACCUCAAUUUCCUCAUUACUUCCACACCCAAAAAUCCUCUUUAGUAAAAGAGUGUAUAAUCCAUUGAAAUUAUCAGACACAUCUUCAUUUUCACGGGUAAAAUUUCUAACUAUAAAUUGCAGCAAUAGUAAUAAUAUUAAUAAUAAUAAUAGCUCAGGAAAUGGUGAAACGGGGAAUUUGAAGGAUGCACUGACUGGUAUUGUGGACGAAAGAGUAGAGGAACUUUUGAACAGAGAAGAAAACCGGGUUUUGCUUGAUGGGUUGGAGAAAGCAACUCAAAGAGUAGAAAUGGCUAAGAAAGAACUUGCUGAUAUUGAAAGACAAGAAUUGGAAGUUAAAUUGUUGAAGGAUUAUAUAACUCAGCUUGAAACUAGAACUUCUGAGAUUGCAGAAUGCCAGAAAGAUAUUUCAGAAGCAAGAGCAAUGAUUGAAGAAGCUGAGCGCUCCCUCAGCGCUGGUGAUGAUGCUAGAAGGAGAGAUGCUUCCAGGGGAACAGACGGGGAUGUAAUAAAUAGAGAUGAGGAGAGAGUAGAAUCCAUAAAAGCGGCUUCAAUUUCUGCAAUCGUUGGCACGCUUGCAGGGCUUCCCAUUUCCUUAAGUCGAAUCACCAGCUAUUCAGAGCUAAUACUCCCUCUUUCAAUCACCUUUAUCAGUUGUGCUUUGUUUGGUGUAACCUUUCGCUAUGCUGUAAGAAGAGAUUUGGACAAUUUUCAGCUCAAGUCAGGGACAUCUGCAGCAUUUGGUUUUGUCAAAGGCCUUGCUACACUCGGAGGUGGACCACCAUUAGAGUUGGAUACUGGCAGCUUCUGGUCUCAUGCUCUUGAUGGCGCGGUCUAUGUUUCUGAGAAUCUUUUGAUCUUUCUUUUUGCUGGUGUUGGCCUGGAUUUAUGCUUUAAGUUGAGGAUUUUGAGCCCCUUUCCUAUUGAUAGAUCAAUUUCAGAAGCAGAUAAAAUUUAACCACCUUGUUGCUUAUUUAUUAUUUUUAAAGUUUUGUAAAUGCAGUAAACUGAACUUGUAUGUCCUUAAAUAGAAUAAUACUUGAGAUUCUGUCCGUAAGCUC